GCCGCUAUUUGCGGCCUUUGGCUGUCAAUCACCGGGUCCCGGUUGGUGAUUACUCGCCGACAAACGGUGAUCGAGGAGGAUUACCAACAGAGGAAGAGAACUGUAUCUAAACAAUACAGAUCUCUCCCCUGUCAGCUCCUGCACACUGCUAUGCAUGGCUUUGCAUAGCAGAGCUAGUGAAGCACACACACAGCACACAGUAAAAUAGCACAGUUAACCCUUUGAUCGCCGCAAAUGUUAACCCCUUCCUGCCCAGUGCCAUUAGUACAGUGUCAGUGCUUUUUAUUAGCACUGAUCAUCGUAUUGGUGUCACUGGGAAUGUCAGUGACACCAAGUCAGUUCCCCCCCCAGUGUCAGAAUGCCCGCCGCAGUCUCGCUAUAGGUCGCUGA